UUCUCAUGGAAACUCUACAGGGAAAUAGGAUGAUGUCUGUGUGGUAGGGUUAACCCCAGUAUUAUACAAGUCUGAGGUACUUUGAGUCUUUUCCUGUCAUGACACUUUAUUCUUCUACUCCACUGCAAUACAUGUGAACGUAUUGUACUUUUAACUGCUUUUUACUUCAGCCAACAGCUUUAGUUACUUCACAAAUUCAGAGUUUUGCACACAAACAUAUGACUGUUCCAGACUUAAAAAUGUAAGAAUUUGCUGGAUUUUUUAAAUCACUUUUGAGAUUUGGAUUGUUUGUUGAACAAAGUAACUUUGGGCUCUGGGUACCUAUAACAGCAUUUCCCACUAUUUUCAGUAUUUCUACUAAACACUGAACCGAUAAGUGGAGAAAUGAAUCAGCAGAUCAUGAAAACAAGCAUUAGCUGCCGUUCUAUACAGAAAUGAGCUCCACCCCAACCAACUAUAAAAAUAAACAUCUUCUUGUGGUACUUUAAAUACAUUUUCCUAAAUUACACUGUAUACCUUUACCCAAGUAACAUUUUAAAUCCAGGUUAUUAUUUUUUCUUUUAGUUAUAAAGGCAGAAUUUAACUCCAAGAUAAAGAGACAAGACUGACAAGCAAAACAUCACAAGCUGCUGACUCACUUGGCAGAUUUAAACACUUGCAACAGAGCUGUUUCAAUGGGCAACAUUUUUAAUGGAACCUUCUCCAGUGGUUCUGGAAGUGUCUUAAAUGCUACUUCAUGCCAGGGAAAAACUAAAAUAACCAGCUUUUCCAUGUGAGAGGGUUCCAAUUCCCUUCUAGUGCAAUGACUCCACAUUUAUUUGACCCAUUUUUAUGAGCAACUGUGUAGUAAAGCUGCACGGGUCACAAUCUCUGAGAAAAACACAGCCGCUGAAGCAUCUGGUUUCCUCAGACAGCUGCUUGUCUUCGGGAGGAGUCGCUGAGAUAACGCAAAGUUUGCAUCACAACUGGGCUGUUGUGAAUGAUGUGUGACACAAUAGGACAUGUAGCUGAGGCCAGCCAGCCAACAGUGGUGGGAAGUAACUAAAUGCAUGUACUCAAGUACUGCACUUAACUACUUGAGUCUUUUGGCUCCUGCUCUGAGAGGGAAUUUUAACUCCACUACAUUCAUUUAACAGCUUUAGCUGCUUUUUUACACAUAAAACAUGUGCAGAAGUUUAAAAAUAUGAUGCUUUGUGAUAAACGAAUCAACCCAACAUGCGUUUAUAUGAGUGCAACUCAAAAUGAUUGGGAUUUAAUCAAAAGUGGCAGCUAUUGUGAUCACUGUAUAGAGCUCUUGUGGUGGUAUUUUUAACUAUUUCUGAUCAAUUAAUGCAGAAAAUAAUUCACAAUAAAGGCAGAUUCAUUCACAAUAAAAAAAUAUAUUAUUACCAAUUAAGCUAUAGCUGUAAAAUCCUGCUUUUUUCUUUUUGCACGAGUUACAAUAAUCUAAUGAUAAUCAGUCACAGAGGAGGUUUUACUGCACUGAGAACAUUUUUGUGAUAAUACGCACUUUUUCUGCGAUGACAUUUUCAAUACAAGACUUCUACUUGUAACAUAAUACUUUUACAGUGUGGUAUUAGUACUUUGACUUAAGUCAAGGAUGUGAAAACGUUCCUCCUCUACUGCCAGUGAAUCAAAGAUUAAAUUUUCCUGUUCUCCUAUUAGGUUCUCUUUCUCUCAGACAGUCCCAUUAAUUCAACCUUUUCUGAUUGUGUCUCCAAAAGUUAAUUUAUUUUUCAAACAUUACUGAAUAGAGUAGAAAAUGAAGAGCCCUCAUGUGAUUAUUACUGCCGGCACUGUAAUUGUCUACAUGCUUACAAAAUCAAACACAUGGCUUUAUUAUGGCUUUUAGCUCUCAUCCAGAAACUAUCAUUCAUGUGGAAUUAAUUCAACUGAGGAUGAACUUAGAGAAAAGGAAACAAAAAAUAUAUUUCUAUGAAUGAAGAACACUUUGUAUUCUCUGUUGCAUAAAGUAGCUUCCGAACUCUAGAUAUCAGCUGAGCUCCACACUACAAAAACACUUAUCUGUGUGUUCCUCUGCUGGGGUCCACCCUCUCAUGGAGAGUGCAGAACAUUUGAUAAGCUUUUGAAGCACAACAUGUAUUGGCAGGAAAGUAAAAAAAAAAAAAAAAGUCUUCACUCAUGACAUUGGAGAAUUUCCAACUGAUAAACAAAUCAAUUAAUUUUACUUAAUUGCCAAGAUUUUAAAUCAGACUGAAUGAGAUCUGCCCGGUCUCUGCCUGUUUGAAAUCUGAUAUAGAAAUAAAUAAAAGCUCUUCAGUGUGUUAUAACUGACCUGAGCUGUAGCUGAACUGAAACCAAACCUACUAUUCAUCUGGAGUCAUUUUGAAAAUGGUUAAUUUUCCUGUGAUCAAACUGCUUAUUCAGUAUUUGGUGCUAUUAUUUAUUAUUCAUUUUUCUAAUACCAUAAAUGCCAAUAAUGACACAGGCAUUGAAGAGCUACAGUGGGGAUAUUUUUUUGAUUAUCUCACACUAAGUGCGGGCUAUCACUUGGACACCUCCCUUCCUGAGGGGCAGUGCUGGGUGCGCCCUGCUCCGUUCCAGGCAUAAAAGCCUCUCGGUGUGGCCCCAACAACACAUCCAACCUUCAACAUGACCAGUCUCAGUGAUAAGGAUAAGUUCACAGUCAAGACUUUCUGGGACAAAGUGUCCGGAAGUGCUGCGGACAUCGGCAAAGAUGCUCUGGGCAGGAUGCUGAUCGUCUACCCUCAGACCAAGACUUACUUCUCCCACUGGAAGGACCUGAGCCCCAACUCUGCCCCAGUCAAGAAGCAUGGAAUGACUGUGAUGGGUGGAGUUGCUGAUGCUGUCAGCAAAAUCGACGAUCUGGCUGCAGGUCUCCUGAACCUCAGUGAGCUGCACGCCUUCACUCUGAGGAUAGAUCCGCAGAACUUCAAGAUUCUGGCCCACAACAUCCUUGUGGUCUUGGCCAUCAUGUUCCCCGCCGAGUUCACUCCUGAGGUGCAUGUGUGCAUGGACAAGUUCCUGGCUGCUCUGGCCCUUGCCCUGGCUGAGAAGUACCGAUAAACAGCAGGAG